UUGGCGCAUGCGCACAGGCUCCGCCUUUACUGUAGUCCGCAGUGUGACAGCCGGGGAGCAGAGCAAGCCAUGGCCGCUUACAAGUUAGUCCUGAUCCGCCACGGAGAGAGCACCUGGAACAAUGAGAACCGCUUCAGCGGCUGGUACGACGCGGAUCUCAGCGCCACCGGCCUGCACGAGGCAAAGAGAGGGGGACAGGCUCUGAAAGAUGCUGGCUAUGAGUUUGAUAUUUGCUAUACAUCUGUACUCAAGAGGGCAAUUCGCACCUUAUGGAUCGCACUGGAGAGCAUUGACCAGAUGUGGCUACCUGUCAUAAGAACAUGGCGUCUUAACGAAAGGCAUUAUGGAGGCCUAACUGGUCUGAACAAAUCAGAGACAGCCGCCAAACAUGGAGAGGAGCAGGUGAAGAUUUGGAGGCGAUCAUUUGACAUUCCUCCUCCCUCCAUGGAUCCAGAUCAUCCUUAUUAUGAUAUCAUCGCUAAGGACCGUCGCUAUGCAGACUUGACAGAAGACCAGCUCCCGAGCUGUGAGAGCCUAAAGGACACCAUUGCCAGAGCCCUGCCUUUCUGGAACGAUGAAAUUGUCCCACAGGUCAAAGAAGGGAAACGAGUGUUGAUUGCUGCUCAUGGCAACAGCCUUAGAGGAAUUGUCAAGCACCUUGAAGGGAUGUCUGAGGAGGCCAUCAUGGAGCUGAACUUGCCUACUGGCAUCCCAAUUGUUUAUGAGCUGGACAAGAACCUGAAACCCAUCAAGCCAAUGCAGUUUCUUGGAGAUGAAGAAACCGUGCGGAAGGCAAUGGAAGCCGUCGCUGCCCAGGGAAAAGCAAAGAAGUAAUCAGUCCGUGGAACAGAAGAAACAGUCAUCACUUAGUUUACUUUACCCAAACACUUUGCAGCUAGGGAUUCUGAAAUACAGCCUAAUGUGAGAUCAGCAUAACAGAUUACUCAUUGUUGCCUCUCUGACCCAUUUCCAUUCUGGGUUCUAUACAAUGCGUUUCAGUGAAAUGCACAGUAAACCCUCCGUAUAAGUGAAUGCAAUACAAAAUGCGCUGUCUGUCCUUUUGUAAUGCUUGUUCAUAGGUCAGUGAAUCAAAAUCUGGUACCAGUGUGCUUAGAUUGCUCCAUGUGGAACUCAUUUUUUUUUUUUUUUGAUGCAGACUGAAAGACACUUGUACAUUCCAAAUUUAUGAAAAUGUACUUGGUGAAAUUUUUUCUUUUUUUUUUUUUUUUGCAUUCUAGUUUUUAGACCAAACCCUUUAUAACGGUUAUCUUUAUACUUGGUUAGUGUCAACAAGAUUUUAUGAGUACAUUCCAACAAGUAUUUAUUAAUUCUAUAUUUUUUUAUUUUAACUUCUUGCCAAGAUACUGUAACUUGUGAUUAUUGUGAAUUAUUAAAAUGUAGAGAAACUAACUCAACGCUCUGUUCCGGGAUUCAUGAAGUUGUUCAUUGCGCACAUGGUGACUCUACUAUUGCACGUUGGACAAUUGACUGAUUUCUUAUCUGAUGGCUAAUCUGCAUCCGUGGAAGAACAUUUAAAAGGUGAUGAUGAAAUCUGUUUAAAUUAUGUCUGGUUCGAAUUUUUACCUGGCUACAUGUGCACAUGGUCUGUAUUUUAGUUAUCCUAUGGAAGCACUGAACCACGGUUAACUCUUUCCUGUCACUAGUGCUAGCAACACAUGCAUUUUAUUGUAAUGGCUGUGUUGUUUUGUUCCUCUCCUGUCUAAGUCUGUUCUCAUGGAGAUGAUAAAGGCGCUGCUCUGCUGAAAGUGUAUCCCAGUCUUUGCACAUGUUUACUGUAGUUGUCUUUCAUCAAUGGAGAUGUCAUUAUUUAAUUUCAAUAAAGGAGUGAUGUGCAAUCAAAA